UCUGUCUAUUUUCGCUAUCUCUGCUGCAUGAGCAUUCCCGACAGGCGGGUUUAUAUUAGCGGCUUUCACGACAGAAGGAUUGCGCAGACGCUGGAGAUUUCCCGACGAUUGCUGGAAGCUUCCCGGCCUGUUCCCAGUUGGAAAAUUCAAAUGUCGUUAGAACUUGGAUUCUUGGUGUGUUAAUCCGGCGGCUUUGAAGCAGUGAUCGUUGCAUAAAGGUUGCACUGGAGAAAGUCGUGUGUCCAAUUUUCACAAUCUCCGGACAAUUCCCGACAGGCGGUUUUAGAUUGGCGGAUUUCACAACUUGCGCUAGCGCUGGAGAAUUCCCGACAAUUGCAGGGAGCUUCCCGGCCUGUUAUCAGUCGGAAAAUAUAACCGUCGCUCGCGUCGCUGGAACUUGGAUCCUCGUCGUGUUAAUCCGGCGGCUUUGGAACAGUAAAUUUUACAACCGUUGCGAAUAGGUUGCACCGGUGGAAAUCGUGCCUGUACAAUUCUGUGUUGCCCGACCAUUCCCGACAGGUGGCCUCAGAUUAGCGCUUUUCACGACUGCAGGAUUGUGUUACAGCUGGAGAAUUUUCUACCUGUUCCCAGUGAAAAAAAAUCAACCAUCGUUGGAACUUAGAACCGUUGGUGUGCCUAAAAAUGGAGGGAUUGCGUAAAAAAGUGGAUGGCGACAUUUUCGCCAAACUGACCGCGCAUCGUGUCAGCGAUGAAAUUCUACGUGAUCUGAACGAAAAAGAUUUAACUGAUAUGGGAAUUAUUGAGAAAGGGCCUAUAAAGAUGAUUCUAAAAUACAUCGCAAUGAUAGAUGAUUACGAAGAGGAAGACCAAACAAAUGAUGAACACUCGGAAUUAACAAUACGUUCAAUUCUUGAGAAGGAACCCAAGUUCCAAAAGAUCAUACACCGCUACUUGGAUUAUGAGCUGAUACCUGAUCAUAAAAGCUUGCUUCAUAUGAAUCGCAUCCUCACUACACACUUUUUCGAGGACCGAAUCAUCAAGAAGUCAAAAUAUCCGUCCUGGCAAGAAAAGCAACAACUCGCAGAGAAAAUACUUCAGGAGUUUCCUUUUCUGCAUGCAACGCGAAUGAAUGAAGACGCUCCAGCUGAGUCAUUCUUCUUCUGGAAGCAUGGAGGUAGUCAAUUUGGAUGUCACACCGGCAUUAUUGAGACCCGUGUUGGUAAUAUGAGAAAGGAUGUACUCCCUGAAAAAAGAUUAUUCCGUAGAACGAUGACUACAAAAUGCACUGAAGUCCCUGAACAAAUAAAGGACCUUGCUUUGGGUAUUUCAGCAGUUAGUCCUACUCCACACAAUGCUCGCCAUAUUUGCGAAACCAUGAGGCAAUGUUUUCCGCUGCAUAAUUGGCUUUUGGAAACAUUGAAGGAGAAUAAAAUGCAGGAAAUACUAAGAACAUUUCCACUUUUAGUGGCAUAUAAUGGUCUUUUGGUCCAGCAAACAUUCGAUCAAUUGAAGCCGAAUCGCCAUCAAGACAAAGAACUGGAGCAAUUCCUACGAACAGGAAUCAUAUUAGACAAAUAUAACUGGAACAACGUGCAAGAUCCGUACGUCAAAGGAUUACUUCGAAUUUUCAAGUCGUUGACAAACAGGGGCAUCAAACGGAAGGCCGAAGAACAACUCAUGCAGCCUGAUGAGGAAAUUGCUUUGCCCUUAAUAAGAUGGAUUAAGUGCAAUGAAGGCGAUACUGAUGUUGAGGCGCUGCGGAAGCAUGCUACAAGGGAUUUGCUGCCACAUAUUGUAUGCAUUGCCGAACGUUUUCAACAUGGUCCAUAUUAUAUUCAGUGCCAUGGAUAUGUAAUCCCCUGUAGCGAUUCGGCUUGUCAAGCUGUCGACGUUUUUUUUAAAAUGUUCGAUGUAUUUGGAAUCCCCGUACCCGUUCUACUACGAAAUGUUCACUCUUUGAUUUGCUUUCGAAUUUUUAAGAGUGUUCAGAACGCUUGCAGCCAAACCGUCCAAAACUUGGCAAAAGGCUUGAGGAAAUUGACGUCUUCAAGGAAUAAGGGCAGGAACAGACGAAACACGCUAAACAAUAUCCAUCGCUCAUCAAUUUACGUCUGA